AUGAUUCCACUUCAAUCAUAUGCAAAUUCACCGCCAGAAAAUAAAUUUGCCGGUCUCGAUUAUUUUGAAUUUCGUAUGAAUAACGAUGUUAUUCCACCUGAAGACACAACUUAUUAUUGUAAAGUAUUCAAAGCUCCGACUGAAUAUCCAACAAAACGUCACGCUAUUGCUCACAAAACAAUGAUCGAUCCGAAUAAUAUCGAUAUAGUUCAUCACCUUGUGUUUUUCGCAUGUAGAUCAACAGCUAAAUUUGAUGAUAACAAUCUGCCAUAUGGUGUAUGUGAUGAACAUCACCAAGAACUUUCUUCUUGUUUCACUGGCACCGCUACUAUUUGGGCAGUAGGCGGUGAACCGAUUGUCGAAUUUCCAGAAGAAGCUGGUUAUCCUAUUGGUGGUGAUUUUGGCAGCAAAUAUUACAUGCUUGAGAUGCACUAUAAUAAUCAAAAACUAACACCAAAUCGUCGUGAUAAUACGGGUAUUCGAUUUUACAUUGGACAAGAGCUUCGCCAGUAUUAUAUUGGCUAUCUAGCAUUCGGAACCACUGUUAGUGUUCUUGCUCUAGCAAUUCCACCAAAGGUUGAGCGAUUCAUGGUCGACUCGUAUUGUCCAAGCGGAUUCAGCAAAAAUAUUCCGGAAUCUGGCAUUACCGUGGUUUCUUCAUAUCUUCAUACGCAUCUUCAAGGUGUAUCCCUUUCGACGAAAUUGAUUCGAAAUAAUACAGCGGUACGGUACAUGUUCAAUGGUGAGAUGUACGAUUUCAACUAUCAAUUUGAUCAUCGACUACCUGAACCAAUCAAACUGUAUCCAGGAGAUGAAUUUGCCACACAAUGUGUAUACAACACUAUGAAUAAGAAUACUGUUACAUUGGGAGGUCAACGAACAACAAAUGAAAUGUUUUUUCAUCAAUUAACUUACUAUUCUCUUCAAAACAAUUUGUACGCAUGCUUUACGCUGAACCAUCCAGAUGCAUGGCACACCAUAAGCAACCGAGUGUCGACAACAUCGAAUCAUACAGAACUAGUGGAUUGGAUCAAUACGAUCGAGUGGACGCCAACAUUAGCUGCUCAGUGGCAAGAAUUUUAUAAUCAUGCGUCACGCUUGGUUACUUACAGUAUUGGAAACAACUCAAUAUCUGAAACUUUGGACGUUCUGCCAAAAUAUAAAGGCUUGCAAAAAAAAUCGUGUUAA